AUGGAAGCCCUGCAGAGGCAGCAGGCCGCCAGGCUGGCCCAGGGGAUGAAGCCACUGGCCCCUCCACGCCCACCGCGCCCACCGCCACCACAGCCUCCCCUGCCUGGCCCUGGGAUUCUGCAGGCCCUUGAGAGGGCCUCGGGGAAGGUUGGGGUUGAGAAAGAGGAGGAUACCGGAGAGGAUGAGGAGGGGGAGGAAGCUGGAGCCGAGAAAGAGGCAGCUGAGGAGAGUCCUCCAGGAACCCAGAGUCCCAGCUCACCUUCCAGCCAGCCCCCUGGACCUCAUCCCCAUGAGUGGACCUACGAGGAACAGUUCAAGCAGCUGUACGAGCUCGAUGCAGACCCCAAGAGGAAGGAAUUUCUGGAUGACCUGUUUAGCUUCAUGCAGAAGAGGGGGACGCCGGUGAACCGCGUGCCCAUCAUGGCGAAGCAGGUGCUGGACCUGUACGCGCUGUUCCGCCUGGUGACGGCCAAAGGCGGCCUGGUGGAGGUCAUCAACCGCAAGGUGUGGCGCGAGGUCACGCGCGGCCUCAGCCUGCCCACCACCAUCACCUCGGCCGCCUUCACGCUCCGCACCCAGUACAUGAAGUAUCUGUACCCGUACGAGUGCGAGACGCGCGCGCUCAGCUCGCCCGGGGAGCUCCAGGCCGCCAUCGACAGCAACCGGCGCGAGGGCCGUCGCCAGGCUUACACCUCCGCCCCGCUCUUCGGCUCCACCGGGCCGCCCCCUCGGGGCACCCCGGGCCCCGCCUCCGUGCCCGGCUCCGCCCUGCCAGCGCCCCCGCCCGGCCCCCGACCCGCCCAGGCCUCCGCCUCCAGGCUGCCGGCGCUCGCCUGCGCGCAGCUGAGCCCGAGCCCCAUUAAGAAAGAAGAGAGUGGAAUUCCAGCUCCUCGACUGGCACUGCCUGUGGGCCUGGCCCUGGGACCUGCACGGGAGAAGUUAGCACCAGAGGAGCCUCCAGAGAAGAGGGCUGUGCUGAUGGGGCCCAUGGAGCCACCUCAACCUGGUGCACCCCCGAGUUUUCUGCCCCAUGGCAAGGUUCCCCUAAGGGAAGAGCAGCUGGAUGGGCCUCUCAAUCUGGCGGGCACUGGUAUCAGCAGUAUCAACAUGGCCCUAGAGAUCAACGGGGUGGUCUACACAGGCAUCCUCUUUGCCCGCCGCCAGCCUGUGCCAGCUUCCCAGGGCCCAAUUAACCCUGUGCCCCCAACCCAUACAGGGCCCCCUUCCAGCACCUCACCCUGA